UGCUUCUCUUUCUCCGAUAAUUUUCAUAUUUAGUGAUUACAGUUCUCACAUAUUACUCUUUGAAUGCUGCAUUCAUUGAGAAGUUGAUAACCAAGAAAAAUGGCUGCCAUUAUUUCUACUCCGAUGUGCUGUGCGAGCUUCAACUCAAAUCCCACAAUUAAUUUCCCAAGAAAAUCUCAAAACUCUGUUCUACCAUUCCACAAAAUCAACUCUUGUUCAUUCUCACCCUUAUCCAAAUUCCCUCUGCACAAACUCAGCAAUACCCAUUCGUAUGUGAAAGCUUCUUCUUCUUCUUCAUCAUCACCAGCAGUUGGAAGUUCAGAGUACUCAGAGGAAACUGCGACCAAAGUGAAAUUUCAGAAAUCUAUAUGUUUGCCUGGUUGCUCAAGUCCAUUAUCUCUUAUUGGAACUGGAUACAGGGAGAAGGUUUUUGCUAUAAUUGGUGUUAAAGUGUAUGCUGCUGGACUAUAUGUUAAUCAAUCUAUCAUAAGUUCAUUAAAUUCUUGGAAAGGGCAAUCAGGUGCUCAAAUAAAGGAAAAUCAAGUCUUUUUCAGUACGAUUUUUCAAGCUCAAUUUGAAAAAACGCUGCAGAUUGUACUGGUGAGAGAUGUUGAUGGUAAUACAUUUUGGGAUGCCUUAGACCAAGCCAUCUCCCCAAGAAUUAAAGCACCCACUCCAGUUGAUGCUACUGCAUUGUCCACAUUUCGUGCUAUCUUUCAAAGUCGACCUCUUAAGAAAGGAACAUCCAUAUUUCUCGUAUGGUUGGAUCCCUCCAAAAUGCAAAUUUGUAUCUCAUCAGAUGGGAUGCCGUCUUCUGUGGAUGCAACAAUUGAGUCGAUGAAUGUUAACUUUGCUCUUUUUGAUGUAUUUUUCGGAGAUGCUCCGGUUUCUCCUUCUUUGAAAGAAUCAGUUGCCAAUGAAGUGGCAACAAUUCUCAAUUGAAUCUUUUGACUUAGAGCUAAUGAGUCAACAACUACCUUUUCUGGUUUGACAAGCUCAAGCAUCUGAACAAUCUGAGUCAUGGUAGGUCUGUUUGUAGGCUCUGCUUCAAGGCACAUCAUUGCUAUUCUGAAAAGAUUGUUAACCUCGUCCAUAGGCGCACACUUUAUGCUUUUAUCCAGUGCGUAUUCUUCGCUCUUAUCUUCCACAACCGUCUUCACCUGUUAAGGAUUAUCAGUUAUUCACUUACUUACCCAAGUUACAAGCUUAGAUCCUUCCUCAAAGAAUGCUUCAUCUGUUGGUUUUUUUGCUGUUAGAAGUUCGAGCAAAACAACUCCGAAGCUGUAAACAUCUCCUUUUGCUGUGGCCUUCCCUGUAUCAAAGUACUCUACGGAACAUUACAUAGUUUAAGAAGCAUUAGUUGAAUUA